AGUCUACAUACAGUUACAGAGGAGAGAAACAAACAAAAAUUAUUCUAGCAGUGGAGCAGGUGAAAGAUCGGCACUAUACGCUAGUGUUAUGGGGAGCUGUGGCAGCCUGUUGUCCUCAGCUUCAAAGGAAAAAAGAUCACAUAUGGCAGUUUAAGUAUCUCUUUGCAAGGCACAACCCUGUCUCUGGUGAACUUGAAUUGCACACGACCCCGUGGUCAUCCUUUGAGUGUCUUUUUGAUGAUGACAAAAGAGCUGUUGAGUUCAAAGAGAAGUUUGACAGGGGUGUCAAAUCCCUGAUGAGCGUGACAGGCCUUCCUGCUCACCUGGAGGAGAAACGUUCUGGAGUAAUCCAAGUGAGAGCCCACAUCUCAGAGCUGAAAUUUGCCGCCGCUUCCUCUCCAUGUGGACAGCUUGUUUUCAAUGCUCGUACUUCCCUUCAGCACAUAUUUGAUUCUCUUUCUCGGAUCACCUACCCAGGCUGUGCAAAAUGUGGACUUGAACUGCAGAUGGAUGACAACAAGAUCUACAAACAGUGCCUUAGCUGCGUGCCCUUGAACAAAGUGAAAAUGUUCUACAGACCCGCGUUGAUGACUGUAGAAGAUGGGGGAUACGACAUCCCUGUGCGGGUGGUGCCAGAGCUGAUGGAGAAAAUGUUCCUCGGUAUUCCAGCAGACUGGCUGAACAAGACCAUAGAGCCUUUCUUGGAUACCACCUAUGGCAUGAUCGUGGCAGACCUGUGCCAUUCCCUGGUCACAGACUCUAAAGCAUCCUAUCUUUUGGAAAUGAGGAGUCAGUUUGUUCUGGAUGAAAACAGCUAUCCUCUGGAGAAGAACUUCCACCUGCUGGGUUUGCAUAUCGAUCUCUGAAACAAGAGCUUCUUAACAAAAUAGAUCAGCCAUCUCACUGCCCAAAGAGGGAAAGA